CUCUUAGAGUUUAAAUACAUGAAACUGCCAAAAUGCCAGCUAGACGUGAAGGACAGUUGGAAAAAUGUAUAGAUGACGCUACAAAAAAGGAUGACUUUCAGUCAUUGGAACAGUUUUUGGAAACCAGCACGUUCGAUAAUAUUUCUCAUAAAUGCAGCAAACAGUUUGUCAACAAAUUAGACCGACUUAUAUGUCAGAGACUUGAGAAUGGGGAGGUCAAGAAAGUUUCAAUUUUGUUGAACGUUCUUCAGAAACAUGGUAAAAAUAUCAACAUAUUAGGUGAAGGUGGAUUUCCAGCAAUGAUAAAAUAUGAUCUUAUCCUAAAGAUAAGUAUAUGAAAUUGGAAAAACAAAUUCUUCAGAAUAAUUAGGACAAAAUGAACGUUUUAACUGCAAUUAAUUUCUACCAAAAUACAUUG